AUCUGUCAAGCAUGACCACACAACUAUAUAUUUGUUUUUAUGGUGUAAUUACAUUUAACUUUUCAAGAACACUUCAAUAAUAUACAUUAAUACAUACAUAUGAUAGUUCAAUAAUUGCCAAAAAGUAAUUUGUUCAAAAUUUGUUAAUAGUUAAAUUUCUAGUUCACUCGCUAAAAAGAAUACGGCCUUCGAACUUACGUUGAAAAUUCAAAAUUGUAAAUUUUUAGAAGUAAUGUAACAAUCAAGGUUCCCAAAUUUUUAUUUCAUGCUCUGUAAAGCUUUCCAAUCUCAACCAUUUUAAUUUUCUUAGCUUCAAAAAAUUUUUAAUUCUUGAAAAAUCUUUUUAAUUUAAUUUUUGUUCAUAUUUAACGUAUGAAAUAAGCUAUCUAUUAAAAAUUACGUAAUAAAUAAUAGUUAUGUAAAAAUUUUAGUUAAAAAAUCUCUUUUACUAUUGGUUUGUAAUGUAACGAAAUUCGUAUUAUUCAAUUAUCAAAAACAUCGAUUUAAUUACACUGUGUGCGCUCAAAGAUGCCUCUGCAAUAUCUACGACUUCCUUUUAAUUUUUAUUUAGCUUAAAACAGAUUUCACUAUCUGACAACAUUGACAUUGUUAUUUCGCUUUUACUCUGAAAAACAAUUUGCUCUUCACAUUGCGAGUUUUGGAUAAAUGUUCGUAAAUAUUUCUAUUGUUUUCAUUUUGCUUAUUCUAAAAAUCAUAUGAUUAUGUGAGGUUAUCUUUUUUGGUGUUAUACUAAUAAAAUAUUUAGUAGUUACAUAUGUACGUACAAUUUAAUGUAUAAUUACUAAUUUAGAAAAAUUCAAAAUAACUUCGAAAUUCUUUUUUCUUUUCGGAGUUAUCCAUCUGAAUAAUUUAAUUUUAUUAUUCCAAUAUUGAGUAAAAUAUGACAUAAAUGGAUAAAAUUUUAUUUAGUGUUUUAAUAAGUAACUAUCUAUUAUGAGGUACAUAUGUAUGUACGAAUAUAAUAGAAAUCAGAUUUGAAGCAAGAUUCUAAUUUGAACCUAUUCUGUUUUACAUAAGUAAAUAUUAAAUUGGUAAUAAUUAUUUAAAAACAUUCAUGAGUAUCUAGUAAUAAUUUGUAUUGCUUUAAUAGUGCAAUAAUAAAAAAUUCAAAAUAUAUGGGUCAAAGUUUAAAAAUCUAGAUUUGGGAAACAAACUAAAAUUCCGUAUUUGUAAUGGAAAACAAUCAUAAAAAUAUUGAAAAUGAUCCAGUUUACACCGGUAAAACUUCACUAUCUAAAAAUAACCGUCAAUAUAAGCGAAAAUAUCCAAAUUCGGAAGCAGGUCCAACUGGAAAAAAAGGUCGCCCAGCCUCUGAUGCGAUUGCUACAGUAAAGCUUCCUCCUCACGGCUAUCCUCUUGAACAUCCUUUUAAUAAAGACGGAUAUCGAUACAUAUUGGCCGAACCAGAUCCUCAUGCCCCAUUUCGUCAGGAAUUUGAUGAAAGUUCAGAUUGGGCAGGUAAACCAAUACCUGGAUGGUUAUAUAGAACUUUAGUACCAAACUCAGUACUGCUGGCAUUACAUGAUAGGGCCCCACAAUUGAAAAUAUCAGAAGAUCGGUUAACGGUUACUGGAGAAAAAGGAUACUGUAUGGUACGAUCCAGCCAUUAUGUAUGCAGAGGAAAAUGGUACUACGAGGCUACCAUAGAAGAAAUGCCUGAAGGAUCGGCUACAAGAAUUGGAUGGGGACAAGAAUAUGGCAAUUUGCAAGCACCUUUAGGGUAUGAUAAGUUUGGCUAUUCUUGGCGUUCACGUAAAGGAACAGUAUUUCACGAAAGCCGUGGAAAGCAUUAUAGCGAAGGCUAUAAUGAAGGGGAUACUUUAGGAUUUUUAAUUGAUUUACCUGAAGAAAGCAUUGUAAAUUGUUUACCAACAACAUUCAAAGAUAGGCCGUUAGUUAAAUUUAAAAGUCAUUUAUAUUACGAAGAUAAAGAUAAGGUACAGGAAACAUUAAAAGCAUUAAAAGUUUUGCCUCAGAGCAAGAUUGUGUUUUUUAAAAAUGGUGUAUAUAAAGGCGUUGCAUUUUCACAUAUAUAUUCUGGUUCAUAUUACCCCACAAUAUCAAUACACAAAAACGCAACUGUUACUGUUAAUUUUGGCCCAAAAUUUAAAUAUCCGAAAAUUCUGAAAAACUUUAAAUGCUGUGGUAUGAAUGAUAGAAUUGAACAGUUAAUAAGUGAGCAAACAGUAUCGGAUCUUCUAUUCUUGACCGAAAAUGAUGGGCGCUUACGUUUAGAUACCUUCAAUAUUUGACGGACAGGUUAUUCAUUGAUAUUUUAAACAAGUAUUUG